ACUCCUCCUCCUGCUGCAUGCUUAAUCCCUGACAUCCUUAAGGCAGACUGGACAGUGGCCUGUUGCUGAGCAGAGUUCCGUGAUCACAAAAUCAAGCUGAGACAAGAUAAAACAUGGCCUCCUCUGAGGAUACAGGAAGUACUCUUACACCUGUGGAUUUUAUCCAGCUGCAAGAAUACAUGCAAUACAGCAAUUUGAAGGUGAAAGACGUUAUCAAGGAGUUUCAAAGUGGAGGCCGGCUGGCCCAGCACAGCUCUGGAGAGUAUGUGGAUGCAGAAGGAUUGAGCCUCUUCCUCAAGACUUAUCUAGAAGUCGAUGACUUUCCUGCAGAUUUGUGCCACCGCCUUUUCCGUUAUUUCCAAAAUGUUGAGCAGAAUGGCUCCACGAAAACAACCGAGGCCAAAGGCGGUGUGCUUCUCCGUGACAUGUCCUGUUACUUCUCAGUGCUGGAGGAAGGGCAGCCACGGGAGAAGCUGGAAUUUACUUUUAAACUUUAUGACAAAGAUGGUAAUGGACACUUGGAUAGCGCUGAAGUGGAUCGGAUCAUCACACAGAUGAUGCGAGCGGCUGAUUACCUCGGCUGGGAUGUGACUGAGCUCAGAACUGUGCUCAAGGACAUGAUGACAGCAAUUGAUGUGGAUGCCAGCGGUACUGUCACACUGGAGGAAUGGCUGAAGGGAGGCAUGAACAAUGUGCCUUUACUUGUUCUGCUUGGACUGAAGGUGCCGCAAAGGGAUGGGCAGCAUAUUUGGAGAAUGAAGAAUUUUAACAAACCCGCCUACUGUUGUGUCUGUCAGAGCAUGCUGCUUGGUCUCAGGAAGCAGGGACUCUGUUGCACCCGUUGCAAGUAUACUGCCCACAGUCAUUGUUCCAACAAGAACGGUGAACCUUGUGCUCCCACUUUUGUCAAUAAAAAACAAGAACUGAGGGCGCCAUCUCACGACUGGGUCAGAUCCGACCGCAGCUCCAAGUGUCAAGUUUGCAAAAGGAAGAUUAAAACUUUCGCUGGAAGACGUUGUGUGUGGUGCCAGCAGAUGCGCCAUGAUGAGUGCGUCUAUACCGGACUGUCCACCUGCAGCUGUGGGCCAUUGAAAGAUCAUAUCCUCCCACCAUGGGCCAUCUAUGCUCAUUCCAAGGAACAGGACACCGAUCUGUUGAACGUGACUCCUGAUGGGAACAUCUUACAGAUUGUCCCGAUUCCUGACAUUCACCCACUACUGGUAUUCGUAAACCCAAAAAGUGGAGGAAACCAGGGUGAAAGAGUUCUCUGUAAAUUUCAGUACCUGCUGAAUCCACGUCAAGUGUACAACCUUUCAAAUGGAGGUCCCACCCCUGGACUCCAUUUCUUCCGCAAUCUUCCCGACUACAGGAUCUUGGCAUGCGGUGGAGAUGGCACAGCUGGGUGGAUUUUGGAUGCUAUCGACAAAGCUGACCUCCAGGUGAGUCCGCAAGUAGCAAUCCUGCCCUUGGGUACCGGCAAUGACCUGGCUCGCUGUCUGCGCUGGGGUGGAGGCUAUGAAGGGUCCGAUCUGAGAGAGAUUCUGAAGGAUAUUGAGUCAAGUGAGCUGAUUCAAAUGGACCGCUGGAGCAUUCAGGUGACACCAGAUGAUCCUAAACAAGUGGGAGACUCCGUGCCCUACCAGAUCAUCAAUAACUACUUCUCAGUAGGAUCGGAUGCUUCUGUUGCUCAUCGUUUCCACUCCAUGAGAGAAAAAUUCCCUCAGAAGUUCAACAGCAGAAUGAAAAACAAGCUUUGGUAUUUGGAGUUUGCCACAUCCGAGACCCUUCGUUCGUCUUGCAAGAACCUGACAGAGUGUCUCGCCAUUGAGUGCUGUGGUAAAAGUCUGGACCUAAGCACCACGUCGCUCUCGUGCAUCGCUGUUCUCAACAUACCCAGCAUCUACGGAGGCUCCAACCUGUGGGGCGAGUCCAGUAAACCAGAUGGUACACCACGUGUGCAAAGCGAUGAAGUCAUUACUGAUCCAGAAGUUCUUAAGACAACAGUACAAGACAUGACCGAUAAGCGUCUGGAGGUGGUAGGCUUGGAAGGGAUGAUAGAAAUGGGUCAGAUCUACACUGGACUGAAGAGCGCCGGGCAUCGAUUGGCACAGACGUCCCAAAUUACAAUAAGGAUAUUGCAAACCCUGCCCAUGCAAAUUGACGGAGAGCCGUGGUUGCAACCUCCUUGUACAAUCCACAUAACUCACAAGAACCAAGCUAACAUGUUAAUGGGUCCACCGGCAAAGCCAUCCGGUUUCUUCCACUUCAAGUAGAAACUAUUUUUGUUUCCACAGAGGGACCCCGGACGGCAGUAUUCCAUAAAUAACGCAGAGAUACUCUGUGUUCUUUUAGAUAACAUUUUAUGUCUGCUUUCUUUCCCUGGUUUUCUAAACUGUUGCAAUUGUGUUAGUACUAGUAAGGAUUGUUGGCAAUUUUAAACAAUGCAACCUUUUGUUGUGGUUGAAAUACAUUUUCUCAACACCAGCACAUGGAAAAAGGUACAUUUACAUGUGGCUUUAUGUUUAAAUAGAUAUUUUAUUGGGUUUUAUAGCUUUCGAAUGACAUGCUUACUUGCACUUAAUGUAUUGUAUAAUUAUAUUUAUUUAUGUAUUUUAAUUGACAGAAUGGGGGAAAUUGUUAAAUGACCUUAACUCAUUGGACCUUUUGGUGUGAUGCUACUGUUAACUUACCCUGUGUUCUUGUCUCACAUGUUUUGUUUUUCUUUUUUUCAGCCAGGCAAUAUCUGAAAAGAUUAUAAUGAAGUAAACAUGUAGCUCUUGGUUUUAAACACUA